AUGCCAUGGAGAACCUAUACAGUUGCCGAUUGUCUGCAGAGUGCGACGUUUCCUGACCCAGUGUUGGCAGAGAAGCGGUCCAACCCUCUCGUUUUUUGCUUCUCUGGUCAAGGUCCGCAUCAUUGGCUGCAAGGACGUGAUCUCAUGGCCACAUUCUCAGUCUUCCGCGAGAGUAUCGAUGCUUGCGAUCGAGCGUACUCGGCGUAUACUGGCAAGUCAUUUUUGGAAGAGACUGGACUGUUUGUCGCAGAUCCCCCAACAUUCUCUCCUCUUGCGGAGAGCUCCACUUGGCCAGCCGCUGUUAUAUCUGUCUCCAUGACGUUCUUUCAGAUUGCCAUGCUCGACCUCCUGAUAUCUCUUGGAAUCAAGCCAGACGCUGUCGUAGGACCCUCCAUCGGAGUGACUGCCGCCAUGUAUGCUUCCAAUGCCAUGCCCCGCGAAAUGGCCGUAGAAAUUGCAAUAGCGCGAGGGCGUGCCCUUGCCAUGGUUGACAGUACGGGAGGUGCCAUGUUCGCAGUCUCUGGCUGCGACAUCGAUACCGUUCAUGGCUAUGCGGAUGUUGUCUCUUCAUUCACUCAGCUGGAGAAAGAGGCGAACAAGCUCUAUAUGGUUUCCCCUCUUAGCCCUACAACUACCGUUUUCUCUGGUUCGGAGGUCCUUAUUGAUCUGUUGGUGAAGUAUAUCGACACUGAAGUGGAUGGAGUUGUUGCACGCAAGUUGCCCGUGAGUACGGGGGUGCAUUCACCUUUGGUGAAUUCUUGUGAAGAUGCGUACCGCACCGAGCUGGCCAGGAUCUUUUCCCGCUACGCAGGCCCAUUCAUCCCCUCCACUCUCGAUAUGUCCAUGGUGACCGCCGAAUUCCGAUCUGGAGACUAUACCGUUGACUACCUCUGGGACAAUAUGCAGCAGCCUAUGCUGUUCUUGCCCGCCAUUAUGGGUCUCUUAGACAAGUUCGGAAAACGCACCACGUUCGUCGAGAUAUCACCCCACCCAAUUAACUCUCAAGUAGGUCAUCGAUGGGAUAGUCAUUUGUCACCUGAGUCCUGA